UUCAAUUCUGAAUUCUUUUCCAAUUUCAAAUUCUCAACCGCCGUCAACUAACGCCGUUAUUUUAUUCCAUCCCACCCCACGCCACGCCCACUCCGAUAACCAUCUGCUGCAGAAGACAAACAAAUCCACUGUCACACACAAAAACACACGCACAGUGUGGAGAGAGCUCAAGAAAUCUCUCGAUAAGGCAAACCCAGAAGACAAACAAGCUAUGGAGCAGGAAGUUACUGAGAUUCAUAUGGAGAAGGAGCCAAAAGGUGUCAUAAUUUACUCAAAUUGUGUCUCCCACGAUAAAAGUUACAAAAUAGCAAGCUACCAAGAUGAGUUACAACCGUUUGAACAAAUUAAUCCCAAACCAAAACCAGACGAUGCAUUGAAAGAGGAUGCUGAACUAAAGGAGUAUCAAAUAAAGGAAUGCAAUACUGAGAAGUCGGUUGAGAUCAGUAAACUUUGCCAAGUUGAAAAAGGUGAGGCCGAAGAUCUGCCUAGCCCAAAUGUUGAUAUUAACAUGGCAAAGGAGGAUGCAAAAUCUGAAGGCCGGAAAACAACAGCUCACGAGAAGAGAUCAAUGACCUUUGGAAAAUCUGCCACCAAAUCAGCAGCUGGAAAUUGUAAAACAAAAUGCACUGUUUCACACCCAUUUGCUCUGGCAACUGAAAAGCGCUCUUUAUAUGGUACUCACCCUCAUGGGGAUGAGUUUGAUAAAGCAUCUAAUGUUGACAGUUCACCGCAGCCAAGCGCUGCAAAGAUGAAUCAGCUAGUCUCGCCUACUGUACCAAGGAAGCCAUUGCAACCUGAUAACAAGAAGCAUCCAGAUGAUGAUAACUAUUCAGUAGCUUCCACAACUGUGACAUCGGCAAGAAAGUUUGGGACAACUGUUGCAUCAGCCCCAACCUUCAGGUGCAAUGACCGUGCAGAGAGAAGAAAAGAGUUUUAUACAAAGUUAGAGGAGAAACAUCAAGCACUGGAGGCAGAGAAAACUCAAUGUGAGGCCAGGACAAAGGAAGAGACUGAAGCAGCAAUCAAGCAACUAAGGAAGAGUUUGGCAUUUAAAGCAAGCCCAAUGCCAAGCUUCUACCACGAGGGAGCUCCACCAAAGGUCGAACUGAAAAAGACACCUCCUACUCGUGCAAAAUCGCCAAAGUUGGGCAGAAGGAAGAACUUCAGUGACACUGGAGGUUUAGACAAAGGGAGUCGAGAAGGUCAUCAGAGUUUUACCAUUUACAGAGACAAUCCUCAAAUACUUCCAGCAACUAGGAAAAAUGGGAUCAAUGUCCAGAAUGGUACUGCUUCCAUAACAAAAAAACAGCCCCAACAAGACUGAUGUGGUCUUCACGUCUAAGAUGAGUGAAGAUUGAUUUGUGGACAUUGCUGUUCUUUCUUAGCGCAUCGGUAUGUUUUUCUUAUUGCUGGGGAAGGACAUUAACUUAUUGAGGAGGUUAUUCGGAUCUUAUGCCUUGUUGACUGUUGUGAUUUGGGUAUGUAUUUAAACAGCAAAAAUCUUUGCUGCAAUUUGCGCUAUAUCAAUGUUUGUGAAGUUUGAAACUUCAUUAAGUUAUUCCCGUGUAUUUUGUAAUUAUGUGUCUGUAAAUGUUAUUCCUUUCAUUCUGGACGUGUUCUGGCUGUCGUUAUAGUGAGAACUUCGACUGUGAAA